AUGUCGCACUCACACUGUCACGACGAGCAUCACGACCACUCGCAUGGCGACGGCCACGACCACAGCGAUGACAUCACGCCCGCGCUACAGAACAUACUCUACGAACAACUCGACUUCCCCAAGCUUGUCACCCUCAACGAAGAUGAAUCCAACAGCGGCCGCGCAAUCUGCCAGAAGACUUGGGCGCAGCGCCUCGACCCGGAACCCGAGCUGAAGAGCAGCGCCGACGAACAGAUCCUCAUGACGGUCCCCUUCACGGGCCAAGUCCGCCUACACUCCAUCAUCCUCCGCACAAGCCCCGGCCCCGACUGUCCCAAGACCCUCAAAGUCUUUGUCAACGAAGAUUCGCUCGACUUCGAAACGGCCGUCGAAAAGGAACCUACACAGAUACUCGAAAUCAGUCAGACGAGCGAGGUGCAGGAGAUACCCGUCAAGAGGGCAAAAUUCGGCACUACACGUAGUCUGAGCUUGUUCUUUGAGGAUAACUGGAGCAAUGGCGAGGAGGAUGAGACGCGAAUAAGCUAUCUGGCGUUCAAGGGCGACUUUAUGAAGCUGAACAAGGAGGCUGUUUCUGUGCUGUACGAAGCUGCUGCAAACCCUAACGAUCAUAAGAAUAUUGUGGGUAUUGGACAGGGCGUGGGAAGGAGUAUACAGUGA